AAAAAGUGGGGUCCUGGUGCCAACAGUGGUGCAACAAGCAGAGUUUUCCGCCCAAACAUGUCAACGUCGUUUGUCCAGCACGAUCAAUCAAAAGCAUCAAAAACGGCCUCAAAACGCGACUUUUUAUCAAAAAAAGUCGAUGGAACGUUGUCGCAGGCCUGAAUUUAUGUCCUGACUUUUUUUCGACGCGGCUUUUCCGCCGUUUUGUCGACAUCUUAACACCAAACCACAGACGGCACCAUGGCAACACGUAAAGUUCGCUACAAGAAACUCAACGUGAAAACCCCGCUGCCGGUUCUUCUAUUUUCUGAAAUCGAUUCAAACGAAUAUGAGGCCCUCAAGAAUGAGCAGAUCCAGACUGGCGUCGAGUCUGCUGAGGAAAAUGAGUACCAUCUUCAGGCUGUCCUGUCUACCACAGGUGUUGCUGCGGACAAGGAGAUCCCUGUUACUCAAACGCAAGAAAGCAACAUCAACUAUGAUGAGCUGUAUCCCACCAAGUUUGUCGAACCGACAAACUAUAUUCGCUUCUCGCAAACUGUUGAGGAAUGCAUAGGUUGUCCAUAUGAUAUGACAGAGGAUGAUGAAGCUUUUCUCGCAAAGUAUAACAAGGACCUGGCUGCUGGCACUGCCGCGCUGUCUGAGGAUGACUUUGAGAAAAUCAUGUUCGUGUUCGAGGAUACUGCAUCAGUCCAGGCGCCUUAUGCGGCCGUCGACAACACAGUUGUAUCCUACGACCACAUGGUGCCGCCACUGACAGAGUUGGAACUUCCAAGACUGAUGCUGCACGCCAAAGCAAUCUAUGAGCAUUGGAAAUCACAACGCCAGGCUAAAAAGGGGCCGCUUCAUCCCUCACUGAAAUUCGAGACUCACCAGGAAAGCGAUGAUCUGGACCCGUUCGUCUGUUUUAGAAGGCGAGAGGUUCGGCAGACUCGCAAGACUCGAGCUCGCGACACACAGAUCGCAGACAAACUGAAGCGCUUGCGGCGCGAGCUUGAGGAGGGCCGUGAGCUCAUCGCUUUGGCUCAUGGACGUGAAGUAAUGAAGCGUGAAAUGCUGAAUGUUGAUCGAGCCAUCUUUGAGCAAAGAUGCAAUGUUAAGAAGGUCAAGAUCAAACUCGGUAUUAAAACCGAUGAUGAGGAUCUUUACAACACCAAGCCUCAGAGGAAAAAGCCAGCAGAGGCACAACCGGUGCAACAGCGGGCUGCUGCUGGACCGGCACGCGUCGCUCCUCGCAGCGAUACCCGUGCGUCUGACGUAGACCUUGGGUUGUUAUCGGAACUCAAGGCUCAACGAGAAGAAGAGAUGCGAGUGGACAUCGAAACAAAGAUUGAAAAUCAUAAGAAAUGGAACGAAAAGUAUGUGGAUCUCACCAACUCAUCUUUGGUUGACAAGAAGCCCGAAACCGAACAAGAGCCCGACCCAGCGAAGUGGCGGCCGGUCAAGGUGCAAUACUUGAUGACGCCGCCGAAUAGUGCGUCGGCGGAGGAUUUAGAAGAGCCUACACCCAUGGAACUGGACGCACCAGCGCCUGCGCCUGUCCGUCGAUUCCAUGGACUAUCGGCGGAUGAUGAAGAUUACUCACCAGAUCCAAUGGAGUAUCGACGUCGCGUGGGUCGUCUUAACAGACUCUGGGUGGACAGGCGGCCUGUCAAAAAGCAACUGGUUGAUGUUGUCCCAACCCGUUUCCCGGUCGUUAGCGAUCGAUGGAAGUAUGAUUGUGACUCCAGUGAUGACGAAGACUCGGUGUAUGAGGUCGACCCUUUCGAUCUUCGUGCCCUCAAGUUUCGCGCUACUAUACCGCUGGGGUCAGCAGCACCGCGGCGCAUCGAGGGAUCUGCAGCGGCGCCUGUCACCAAUGGGACUGCGCGGCCAGCACUACCGUGGUCUGGAGGUGGCCAGCCACCGUCCCAGCAACCACAGCAGCAGCAGCAGCAACCUCAACCUCAGCCGCAACUGCAGAUGCAGCAGUCCGCCUGAUAGGCAUAGUGCUUAGGCAAGCUUCAUCCGCCUCUAAUAUUUCUUCGCUUCUUGUUUUCUUUUGAGUUUAUACCCGAUCGUUUGCAAUGCCGGAAAACAGGACAUGAUAUUUUCUUCUUCUUUUGGGUUGCGCGGGCAUGGCGUUGGGUGUGUUCUGUUUCCGGUUAGGGCUUUUUGUGUACUGUACAUAAUUGUAGAGGCUUGUACAUUGUGUAGAUUCGAACGGCGAGGGAUAUUUGGGGGAGCUGUACCUAGUCGAUGAUAUGAACUGGAGAGGUGGUUGCGCAGUCGCUUUGCGGUUGGCGGGAGUGUCAAAGCGUGUUUUUUUUUCUUCUUUUUUUGGCAUACCAGAUCUAGAGAGGCCAGGACCCCCAAAUAACACUACCGACGAGCGCCUUCUGGCCCAUUCCUUCAUGCCAACAAGUAUUAGCAAGUAAUCUCAAGAUAAAUAGUUGGACCACAAGCAAGAUUGUUCUCGGAGGAAUAGAAACCUAC